AUGCCUUCGCGGAUCGAUCACAAUGCGUGGUUUACAGAUCCGAGGUUCGACGGAUCUUUCCCUAGCCGUGUCUUGCCACACCUGUAUCUUGGGAACUUGAAUCACGCGAGCAACGCGUACAUGCUUCACGCACUUGGUAUCACUCACGUUGUCUCCGUUGGGGAAUGUGCACUCGUUCCACCAGUGUGCCCUGUUCCUGCUCUCAUGGAGCCCGGUACUCACGUAAAUUUGGGGACCGUUGAAAGGAGCAAUGUCGACUCGCAAUUCGUUGUAGGGACCGGCCCAAAUGGGCAAGGAAGCCUGUGGAUCGAAGAAAGGGAAGGUAGAAUUAAAGUCUUGGACAUCAAGGGAGUAUCGGACGAUGGUAUCGAUAGUCUCAGGCCCCAAUUCGCGCCUAUUUCCGAUUGGAUUGAGAAGGCUCGACUUGGUGGUGGUAAAGUUCUUGUCCACUGCCGAGUUGGUGUCAGUAGAAGCGCGACCGUCACCAUUGCGUACGUGAUGAAGUACCACAGGUACAGCCUCGUAGAUGCGUACCUCCUUGUUCGUUCGCGUCGUCUGAGCAUCUUGAUUCAACCUAAUAUGCGUCUUCUCUAUAAUCUCGUUGGAUGGGAAAUCGAAUGCGCGAAGGAGAAAGCGGCCUACCAGGGGGUUCCCCCGGAAACGUACAUCGGGGCACGCUUAAGCUGGCCAUAUCUAGCACGUGAAGUUCACCGGCUUAACGAACGCUAUCUUCAAUAG